AUGCACAGGUUGGCGAGAAUAUACACGGCCUUUGGUCGUCCGGCAGAGGCUCUCCAUGUAUAUUCAAACAUCCGACCUCCGGCAUCAGCAAAGGAUACCGCACCUGCGGAGGCUAUGCUCAGGAAUGUCUCCCAGGCUGAGGAAACCCUUCGGGGAGAGAAGGGCGGCUCCAUGGUUUUGUACUGUUUGGACCAGGCUGUGAGGGGACUUGGCAACGGGGUACAGCAGCCGCGCAACUGGUUGCUAAUGCGGGUAGAGGCAUUCCUGAAGAUGGGUAACAUUAACGCUUUGGGCGAGGCGCAGAACAUUGCCAUGUCCCUGCUCCGCGAUAACAACCAGGACCCAGAUGCCGUCUUCUUGCGUGGCCGACUGUUCUACCUUCAGGGUGACAACGACCAGGCACUCAAGCACUUCAAACGAGCUCUCAGCCUGGACCCUGACUCCUCUCAGAUAAUUAAAUUUCUUCGAAUGGUACAGAAACUCCUACGGAUCAAGGACGAAGGAAACGCCGCAUUCAAAGCUCGCAAGUACAGGGAAGCGAUUGAUUUAUACACCAAGGGCCUCGAGGUUGACCCCAACAACAGGGACAUCAACUCGAAGCUUCUCCAAAACCGUGCUCAGGCACAUAUAAAUAUCAACGAGUACGACAAGGCCAUCAAAGACUGCACCAGUGCCCUAGAGUUCGACCCAAGUUACAUCAAAGCCAGAAGAGUUCGAGCAAAAGCAAAUGGAGGAGCCGGUAACUGGGACGAAGCCCUCAAGGAACUGAAGGAUAUUGCAGAGAGCAACCCAAACGAAAAGGGCAUCCAAGAAGAAAUCCGAAACGCAGAGUGGGAGCUUAAGAAGAGCCAGCGCAAGGACUACUACAAGAUCCUCGGUGUAUCGAAGAAUGCUACCGAAACCGAAAUCAAAAAGGCGUACCGCAAGCUGGCCAUUCAACACCAUCCUGACAAGAAUGUCAAUGGAGACAGUAGCGACGAUACCCUAUUCAAAGAAAUUGGAGAGGCCUACGAGACCUUGAGUGACCCUCAGAAGCGACAAUCUUAUGAUAAUGGAGAAGACCUAAUAGAUCCUUCAAAUCCUUUUGCUCAUGGUGGCUUUGGUAUGGGCGGCAUGGGUGGCAUGGGUGGCAUGGGUGGCAUGGGUGGCAUGGGUGGUAUGGGAGGACAGAACAUCCACAUUGACCCCAGUGUCUUGUUCAACAUGAUGAAUAAUGGAGCUGGUUUCCAGAGCGCAGGAGGCAACCCCUUCCAUACCCAUGGAUGGUAA